GCGGCGGCCGCGAAGAUGGCUGCGGCGGCCUCCUGCUCCUCGGCCGCGGCGGCGGCGGCGGGGCCCGGGCCCGGCCCGGGCUCCUGCGAGUGGCUGCUGCUGCGGGACGGCUGCCUGCGCUGCGACGCCGACGGGCUCUGCAGCCUCUGCUACCACCCGGCGCUCAACGCCAUCCUGGCCGUGACCGCGCGCGGCGCCAUCAAAGUCAUCGAUGGCACCUCGGGGGCCACGCUGCAGGCGUCCGCGCUCGGCGCUAAACCAGGUGGACGGGUGAAAUGUCAGUAUAUUUCUGCUGUGGAUAAAGUGAUCUUUGUGGAUGAUUAUGCAGUAGGAUGUAGGAAAGAUCUCAAUGGCAUCUUACUGUUAGACACAGCUCUGCAAACGCCUGUUUCAAAACAAGAUGAUGUGGUUCAGCUUGAAUUGCCGGUUACAGAGGCUCAGCAGCUGUUAUCUGCUUGCAUAGAAAAAGUAGAUGUUUCUAGCACAGAGGGAUAUGACUUGUUCAUCACACAACUGAAGGAUGGUUUAAAAAAUACCUCACAUGAAACAGCAGCAAAUCAUAAAGUUGCAAAGUGGGCAACGGUUACGUUCCACCUUCCUCAUCAUGUUUUGAAGUCUGUCGCCAGUGCCAUUGUAAAUGAACUCAAGAAGAUAAAUCAAAAUAUUGCUGCCUUACCUGUAGCAUCCUCUGUGAUGGAUAGGUUAUCUUACCUCUUACCCAGCGCACGACCAGAACUUGGUGUGGGACCUGGUCGAUCUGUGGACAGGUCUUUGAUGUAUAGUGAAGCUAACAGACGGGAGACAUUCACUUCAUGGCCUCAUGUGGGUUAUCGGUGGGCACAGCCAGAUCCUAUGGCUCAAGCUGGGUUCUAUCACCAGCCUGCUUCAUCGGGAGAUGACAGAGCCAUGUGCUUUACCUGUAGUGUGUGCUUGGUGUGCUGGGAACCUACAGAUGAACCUUGGUCUGAACAUGAGAGACAUUCCCCAAACUGCCCAUUUGUCAAGGGUGAGCAUACUCAGAAUGUACCUCUUUCAGUCACACUGGCAACAAGUCCAGCACAAUUUCCCUGCACAGAUGGCACUGACAGAAUAGCCUGCUUUGGAUCUGGAAGCUGCCCUCAUUUUCUAGCUGCUGCAACAAAACGAGGAAAGAUCUGCAUAUGGGAUGUUUCCAAACUUAUGAAGGUCCACUUAAAAUUUGAAAUCAAUGCAUAUGAUCCAGCUAUUGUGCAGCAACUUGUGUUAUCAGGAGAACAGAGCUCAGGGGUUGACUCAAGGAGACCAACACUAGCAUGGUUAGAAGAUUCAUCUAGCUGCUCAGAUAUACCAAAAUUAGAAGGAGACAGUGAUGACCUACUGGAGGAUUCAGACAGUGAAGAGCAUUCCAGAUCAGAAUCUGUGACAGGGCACACAUCACAAAAAGAAACUAUGGAAGUCAGCCUUGAUAUAACAGCUCUCAGCGUUCUUCAGCAACCUGAAAAACUUCAGUGGGAAAUUGUUGCAAAUGUUCUGGAAGACACGGUUAAGGAUCUAGAAGAACUUGGAGCAAAUCCCUGUUUGGCCAACUGUAAGAGUGAAAAGAUGAAGGAAAAACAUCUAGAGCAACACAACAUUCCCUUUCCUUGUUUAUUAGCUGGAGGUCUAUUAACAUACAAAUCACCUGCUACCUCUCCUGUUAGCAGUAACUCUCAGAGAUCACUGGAUGGUUUAAGUAGGACUCGAGGUGAGAGUGUCUCGGAACAGGGAUCAACUGACAAUGAAUCCUGCACUAAUUCAGAACUGAAUUCCCCUCUGGUAAGGAGGACUUUGCCUGUAUUAUUGCUAUACAGCAUUAAGGAGUCUGAUGAAAAAGCAGGAAAACUCUUUUCACAGAUGAACAAUAUUAUGAGUAAAAGUAUACAUGAUGAUGGUUUCACAGUUCCACAGAUCAUUGAAAUGGAGCUGGACAGUCAGGAACAAUUGCUGUUACAGGAUCCCCCUGUGACUUACAUUCAGCAGUUUGCAGAUGCUGCAGCCAACCUAACAUCUCCGGACUCGGACAAGUGGAGCUCCAUGGUUCCCAAGCCUGGGACUUUGGUUCAGUGCCUGCGUCUGCCAAAGUUUGCAGAGGAGGAGAACCUGUGUGUAGAUUCAAUCACACCUUGUGCAGAUGGAGUUCAUCUGUUAGUAGGACUGCGGACUUGUCCUGUCGAAUCUCUGAGUGCAAUAAAUCAAGUAGAGGCCUUGAAUAAUUUAAAUAAAUUAAACUCAGCACUAUGUAAUAGAAGGAAGGGGGAACUAGAAUCAAGUCUCGCUGUAGUGAAUGGCACGAGUAUUGAUGUAAUCCAGCAUGAGUCACCAGCAGAUGUACCAACUCCUUUAAUAAUUCAGCCUGAACAGAGAAGUGUUAGUGGUGGAUACCUAGUACUUUACAAGAUGAAUUAUGCCACUAGAGUAGUUACUCUAGAGGAGGAACCAGUAAAAAUCCAGCAUAUCAAAGACCCCCAAGACACAAUUACCUCAAUGAUUUUGCUCCCACCAGACAUAUUGGAUAAUCGAGAGGACGACUGUGAGGAGCCUGUAGAGGAAAUACAAUUAACUUCUAAAAAUGGCAGUGGGAGAGAAAGAAGAUCUGAGAUCUCUACUCUUGGACACCUGGUAAUAACUACUCAGGGAGGAUAUGUAAAAAUAUUAGAUCUUUCGAACUUUGAAAUUCUAGCCAAAGUGGAGCCACCUAAAAAAGAGGGCACUGAGGAACCAGAUAUGUUUGUCUCUGUGAUAUACUGUUCGGGCACAGACAGAUUAUGUGCAUGCACCAAAGGUGGAGAACUUCAUUUCCUUCAGAUUGGAGGGACCUGCGAUGACAUAGAUGAAGCUGAUAUACUUGUAGAUGGAUCCCUUUCCAAAAGUGUAGAACAGUCAUCAGAAGGCACCAAACCCUUAUCUAAUCCUUCUAGUCCAGGCAUUACAGGAGUUGAUCUUUUGGUGGACCAGCCAUUUUCCCUUGAAACACUGACAUCCCUGGUGGAACUGACCCGUUUUGAGACCUUGACACCACGGUUUUCAGCCACUGUCCCUCCCUGUUGGGUAGAAGUCCAGCAAGAGCAGCAGCAAAGGCGGCACCCUCAGCAUCUGCACCAGCAGCACCACGGGGAUGCAGCUCAGCACACUCGAACCUGGAAGCUACAGACAGACAGCAACAGCUGGGAUGAGCAUGUCUUUGAACUGGUUCUACCCAAAGCCUGUAUGGUUGGACAUGUGGACUUCAAAUUUGUUUUGAAUUCAAACAUCACCAGCAUUCCCCAGAUUCAAGUGACUUUACUUAAAAAUAAAGCUCCAGGCUUAGGGAAAGUCAAUGAAGCAGCAGUAGAUAGACAGAUCACAUUUCCUUUGUCUCCAGCUCUUAAUAUUGAGGUGGAGAGAAAUGGAAAACCAGGACUGGUGGAAUUCAAUGAAGAAAUGCAGUAUAUGGAUGUAGAGGAACCACAAUGUCUUAGAUUGUGUCCAUUUCUGGAGGAACACAAGGAAGAUAUACUUUGUGGUCCAGUAUGGCUGGCUACUGGACUUGAUCUAUCAGGACAUGCUGGAAUGUUGACACUAACAAGUCCAAAGCUUGUUAAAGGCAUGGCUGGUGGCAAGUAUCGUUCAUUUUUAAUUCAUGUUAAAGCAGUAAAUGACAGAGGAACAGAAGAAAUCUGCAAUGGUGGCAUUAGACCUGUUGUUAGAAUACCACCUCUAAAACCUCAGACUAACAAGGGCCAUUCACUUGCUUCGUUGUUGGCAAAAGUUGCAGCAGGCAAGGAAAAGCCAUCCAGCAAAAUUGAAGGCACUAAUUCUUCAAGAAAAUCAGAUAAUCUGCGAGGCUGUGACUUACUUCAAGAAGUCUCUGUAACAAUUCGAAGAUUUAAAAAAACUUCAAUUUCAAAGGAAAGAGUUCAACGGUGUGCCAUGUUACAGUUUUCAGAGUUCCAUGAGAAGUUACUCACCACUCUUUGCAAGAAGACAGAUGAUGGUCUGAGUACAGAACACUCUCAGAGUCUUGUACUUGACACGCUUUGUUGGCUGGCCGGAGUGUAUUCAAACGGACCUGGCAGCUCAAAGGAAGGAAAUGACAGUUUGCUUUCUAAAACGCGUAAAUGUGUCUCUGAUAUUAUCCGUGUUUGCUUCUUUGAAGCUGGGCGGAGCAUAGCUCACAAAUGUGCACGAUUUCUUGCACUGUGCAUCAGCAAUGGCAGGUGUGACCCGAGUCAGCAGGGAUUUGGAUCAGUUCUUCUAAAAGCCUUGCUUGACAAUAUGCCUCUUUUGCCUGCUGCUGCGACAGGUGGAUCUGUAUACUGGUAUUUUGUAUUGCUGAAUUAUGUAAAGGAUGAAGAUUUGGCGGGAUGUAGUACAGCUUGUGCAUCGUUGCUAACUGCUGUGUCCCGACAGCUGCAGGAUCGCCUAACACCAAUGGAAGCGUUGCUUCAAACAAGAUAUGGAUUAUAUAGUUCACCUUUUGAUCCAGUUCUGUUUGAUCUGGAAAUAUGUGGCUCAUCUUGUAAAAAUGUAUACAACAGCAGCAUUGGAGUACAGUCAGAUGAAAUUGAUUUGUCUGAUGUUCUGUCAGGAAAUGGGAAAAUGGGUAGCUGUGCAGCUGCUGAAGGUAGUUUUACUUCCCUUACUGGACUUCUGGAAGUUGAACCUCUGCACUUUACCUGUGUUUCAACAAGUGAUGGAACUAGAAUAGAAAGGGACGAUGCAAGUACGUUUACUGUGAGUACCUUUGGGGUUACCCCAGCAGUUGGUGGCCUCUCUUCUGGAACGGUUGGGGAAGCCUCGACAGCACUGAGUUCAGCAGCCCAGGUAGCUUUGCAGUCUCUCUCUCAUGCAAUGGCCUCAGCCGAGCAACAGCUCCAGGUGCUGCAAGAGAAACAGCAGCAGCUUUUGAAGCUUCAGCAACAGAAAGCUAAACUGGAAGCAAAAUUGCAUCAGACAACAGCAGCAGCGGCAGCAGCAGCAUCAGCAGUUGGUCCUGUUCACAACUCUGUGCCUUCUAAUCCAGUAGCAGCCCCAGGGUUCUUCAUUCAUCCUUCAGAUGUCAUUCCACCCACACCAAAAACAACUCCUCUCUUCAUGACUCCACCUUUGACUCCACCUAAUGAAGCAGUUUCUGCUGUUAUUAGUGCUGAGCUUGCUCAACUUUUCCCUGGUUCAGUCAUUGACCCCCCAACAGUUAACCUUGCAGCACAUAACAAAAAUACAAGCAAGUCUAGAACGAAUCCACUUGGAUCUGGUCUUGCUCUUGCAAUAUCUCACGCUUCACACUUUCUUCAGCCUCCACCUCAUCAGUCAAUUAUUAUAGAGCGAAUGCACUCAGGAGCAAGAAGAUUCGUGACCUUGGAUUUUGGAAGACCUAUAUUACUGACGGAUGUAUUGAUUCCCACUUGUGGAGAUUUGGCUUCUUUGUCAAUUGACAUCUGGACUUUAGGAGAAGAAGUGGAUGGGAGGCGACUGGUAGUUGCUACUGACAUUAGCACACACUCACUUAUUUUACAUGACUUGUUGCCACCCCCAGUUUGCAGGUUUAUGAAGAUCACUGUCAUUGGUCGAUACGGCAGCACAAAUGCCAGAGCAAAAAUCCCAUUAGGAUUUUACUAUGGCCAUACCUAUAUAUUACCCUUUGAAAAUGAGCUGAAACUAAUGCACGAUCCCCUCAGAGGAGAAGGUGAAGCUGCAAAUCAACCUGAAAUUGACCAACAUUUGGCAAUGAUGGUUGCAUUGCAAGAAGACAUACAGUGCAGGUACAAUUUGGCCUGUCAUCGGUUAGAAAUUCUUCUGCAGAGUAUUGACCUGCCACCACUCAAUAGUGCUAACAAUGCCCAGUACUUUUUGAGAAAGCCAGACAAGGCAGUAGAAGAAGAUAGCAGAGUAUUUUCUGCUUACCAGGAUUGCAUUCAGCUACAGCUUCAACUCAACUUGGCUCACCAUGCUGUUCAGAGGCUCAAAGUAGCUUUAGGUGCAAGCAGGAAAACUCUGAAGGAGCAAUCUGAUCCAAAAGAGUUGAUUCAGAUGUCAUCCACAGAACAGUUACGCACCAUCAUUAGAUACUUACUGGAUACUUUGCUUAGUUUGCUUCAUUCCUCCAAUG